CGGGAUGCCUCGAAUGCAUGGUAUAGUGAAAUAAAGGACUUUAAAUUCGGCGUACAAAGUAUCCAGCAGUGUGGGCACUUUACUCAGCUUGUUUGGAAAGCAACAAAGCUGGUUGGGUUCGGAAUGGCCUACAGCAGUGAUAAGCAUACUGUCUGCAUGGUAGCCCAAUACUAUCCACAGGGCAACUGGGGUAACAAAGUCUUGGAGAAUGUUCCGGCACCGCUGCCAGCCGCGAAGACAGCUGACCAGGACCUAAACCUUGACAAAACACCACAAAGUGGAGAGAAACGCCGGCCGGAGGCUUUGAGAAGCAGAUUCAAGACUGUCGAAUUACAGUCCCUCAUGGAUGAAACUUGA